CAGGCAGGGGUUCCGAGUGGGAUGCUGGAGAAAGGGCUGGAGGCUGGAUGACAGAACCCCAUCGGGGUUGCCAUCCCUGGCCCAGACUAGCUGGCUUCUUAGCCCCAGUCCCCACCUUUAAAACUCAACUUCCUGUGCCCAGAACUGGACCCAGGCCUUCCCAUCUUUGUAGGAUCACAGGUGCACGAGCAUAAAGCCCAACACACUAUGUUCCUUCACAGUUCAGGAGGUCACUGCUCCCACAGCCCACUGGGGAAACUACCCUAGAAACCCAGCUGGUGGACCAAGGGCCCUCUUUGACGACCCAGCUGUUCCAGAGCCCAAACGCAGAAGCACCUUGCUGGAAGCCAGCAGGGAGAACAUAGGCCAUGGCUUCUAAACUGACUUUCCUAUUGUGUGCCACAUUCCCCCAAUUCUCCAGCAUGUUCCCUGAGAAAUACCCCUAAUUCUCUGCAAACUCUUCCACCACCAUCACCCCCAGGAGGGCAGGGGCAGCUGUGCCUUCAUUUUCCUACAGCUGGUGGCUUCCAGGAUCAGUUCUGCCCAUGUUACCCGUCAAGGAGUGGCCGGUUGCUAGAAUGAAGAGGGAAGCCCGAUCCGGACGUGCACACGCAUGAGCAGGAAGCCCCUUACAGAGCCGGACGGAGAUAGAUGGGAAGACAAGGGAGUGAGGCAGGGUUGGAUCUCCCCACAUGGCCUGUGUAGUAAGACCAAGAACAGUGCAAAUUCCACAUCGAACCUGAAAUUCCGCAUUGAAGCCAGAUCUUCAUGACUGUUUUGUAAAGGAAAGAAGUCAACUUUUUUUUUUUUUUUUUAACCAAUUGCUUGAACUGAUUUAUAACUUUUCAGAAACUACACACAGGGUGUGGGCCUCCAUCCAUGUCCUUCUCUGGCCCUCACGUGUUAGGGGCAGGCCUGCCGCCCUGUGUUUCAGGAGGCCCAUCACAUCCGGGGUGGACUAUAAGGAAGCCCUUCAGGAGGCUGCAGCUUCGUGGCCCGCGGCCGGUCCCGCGGGAGAUGGCCACGGGGGCGCCCAUACUGCUGCUGCUAUGGCUGCUGUGGUUCCCUGACCUCCCGCCCGGCGCUGCCGGCUGCCCGGCCGCCUGCCGCUGCUACAGCGCCACGGUGGAGUGCGGCGCCCUGCGGCUGCGCGUCGUCCCGCCCGGAAUUCCACCCGGGACGCAGACGCUGUUCCUGCAGGACAACAGCAUCGCGCGCCUGGAACCGGGCGUACUGGCACCUCUCGCAGCCCUGCGCCGACUCUACCUGCACAAUAACAGCCUGCGCGCCCUGGAGCCCGGCGCCUUCCGCGCGCAGCCACGCCUGCUCGAGCUCGCGCUCACCGGCAACCGGCUGCGCGGCCUGCGCGUCGGCGCCUUCGCCGGCCUGGGCCAGCUGCGCGCGCUCUACCUGGCGGGCAACCAGCUGGUGCAGCUGCUGGAUUUCACCUUCCUGCACCUCCCGCGACUGCAGGAGCUGCACCUGCAGGAAAACAACAUCGAGCUGCUGGAGGACCAGGCCCUGGCGGGGCUCUCCUCACUCGCACUGCUGGACCUCAGCAGGAAUCAGCUGGGCACCAUCAGCCGUGAGGCCCUACAGCCCCUGGCCAGCCUGCAAGUCCUUCGCCUCACAGAGAACCCAUGGCGCUGCGACUGCGCCCUGCACUGGCUGGGAGCCUGGAUCAAGGAGGGGGGCCAGCGGCUGCUCAGCUCCAGGGACAAGAAGAUCACGUGCGCGGAGCCCCCGCGCCUGGCCCUCCAGAGUCUCCUGGACAUAUCCGGCAGCAGCCUCAUCUGCAUCCCGCCCUCCGUGCACGUGGAGCCGCUGGAGGCGACGGCCAGCCUGGGGGAGGACCUGCGCGUGGCCUGCCAGGCUUCCGGCUACCCGCAGCCCCUGGUGACCUGGAGGAAGGUGGCCCAGCCCCGCGAAGGGCAGCCGCGGGCUCAGGUGCGGCCGGAAGGCGGGGCGCCGCGCGCAGGCGGGCCCGGCGCCCCCGACACGGGCAGCGGCAUGCUCUUCCUCAGCAACAUCACCCUGGCGCACGCCGGCAAGUACGAGUGCGAGGCCUCCAACGCCGGCGGCGCCGCCCGCGUGCCCUUCCGGCUGCUGGUCAACCUGUCGCAGCAGCAGCCGCGGCCGCGCGCGCCCCCGCCGCCCCCGCCCGCCGGCCCCGCCGGCCACGAGCCCCUGCAGGAGGCGGGCAGCAUGGCCUUCCGCGCGCUGGGCCUGGCCACGCAGACGGCCGUCGCCGCGGCCAUCGCGCUGCUGGCGCUCACGGCGCUGCUGCUGGCCGCCCUGAUCUGCCGCCGGCGGCGCAAGCGGAAAAAGGCGCCGGGGCCGCCGGGCGAGGGCGCGCUGUUCGUCAACGACUACUCGGACGGGCCCUGCAGCUUCGCGCAGCUCGAGGAGCUCCGCGGCGAGCGAGGCCACGAGAUGUUCGUCAUCGACCGCUCCAAGCCGCUCUUCGCCGAGGGCCCGACGGAGGCGGCGGACGGCGCGGCCACCGGGCCGGGGCCGGGGCUGCCGCUGCAGCCGCCCGCCGCCUACGAGAUUCACUGCUGAGCCGGGCCGAGGGGGCGGGCGCGAGCUGAUGACGUGGCCCGCGCGGGUUGGCCGGCUCCCGGGCUCGCCGCGCGCAGGCGCAGUCAGUAAAGGCUGGAAGCUG